AUGUCUGGGGACUGCAUCGAUAAGCACAAUGUCCAAGGUGACAUCUGGCCUGGACUAUCGAAGAAGUAUGAAGAUUUUCACUUCUUCCGCAUUCUCAAUGUGGAAAGGUUCAAAAGUCACCUCAGCAGCUUCAUCCCACACAUAACCGACUGUGAGAAGGCAAUGCAGGACAAAGGCCUUAUCAGACAGCACAAGAUUGCUGUUGCUCAGGGGACUGAAUCCCCCAAGUUGCUCGACGUGGUUGGAGUCAACAUCUCCUUUACUAGCAAAGGCUUGGCUUUGCUGGGCAAGCGCGACAUCCAGAGUAAGGCGUUUGAGAUUGGUCAAUUGGCUGACAUGACCGACACUGCCAAUGGUGGUCGUGACAAAGCGACGGACUGGAUGGAUGAGUUCAAGAACAAAGAGAUACAUGGCCUCAUCAAUAUUGGUGGCAGCAGCAAAGACAUUGUGGAGAAGAAGUGGAAAGACAUUCAAGCCCUUUUCGUUGGACGCUUCAAAUUUACCACCAGCAUUGAGGAAGUCGUAGCCCUCUCUGGAAAGGAUAGAGAUGCUCCCAACGGAAGCAAAGAACACUUUGGGUACGAGGACGGUAUCUCGCAGCCGAAGAUUCAAGGAUUGGACCGGCCGGAGGAGGGAGAGAAAGCCCCGCCACUGAUCCCUCCCGGGAUCUUCUUCCUCGGCCACCGGGGGCAGCCUAUCUGCCAACCUGACUGGGCCCACGAAGGCAGCUUCCUCGCAAUUCGGAAACUGCAAUGCAUGGUUCCAGAGUUCGACAAAUAUCUGGAAGAUGAGGCUUCAAAACAUAACCUCACUAGCGAACAGCUCGCGGCGAGGUUUAUGGGACGAUGGCGGAGCGGAGCUCCAAUUGAUAUGGCACCAGACCAAGACAAUCCCGCCCUGGCUCACAGUAACAACUUCGAUUUCGACCCAGCGGACACCCAAAGCCGAUGCCCAUUUGCCGCGCAUAUUCGGAAGUCACGGCCGCGUGCCGACAUUGAAGAUCGCUUCACCCGUUCCAUCUUCCGCCGUGGUAUCACCUAUGGACCCGACGUGACCGAACAGGAGAAGAAGGAUCAUAAGACGACGGUAGACCGUGGAAUCUUCUUCAUGGCCUACUCUAGCGACAUUGACAACGGAUUCUCAUUCAUGCAAAAGAAGAUGAUUAAUAACAGCCAGUGGCCAGAGCGAGAGCCCGCUACUGGGCCAGAGGGGGCCGGCCUCGAUCCCUUCUGCGGCCAGGCUGUGCCCCCAGGCCCACCCAAGUUCUGUAUGGUGGAUGGCGACAAGAAGACUGUUCAUGUGUCUUUGGAUAAUUGGGUGGUCGCUCGAGGCGGCGAGUACCUUUUCGUGCCUCCCAUCAAAUUUCUCAAGACCCUCAGCAAAUCUACAUAG